GAUGAUGUUUAUCUUAAAUUCUUAAUUUAGAGGAGGUUGAUCCCGAAAGAGGCGUGUUUCUCAAGCUGGUUUAUCCACCUGUGACAGUGACAGCGAACGAACACCGCCAUUUGAUACGUUUCGGAACGAAUAGCGUCGCAAAACCUAUUAGCCCUAACAAACAAGAAAGAGGAGAAAGAAACCUUUCAUCUGAGAGAGAGACAGUGAGAGUCGUUAAUCUCCGAGAACCAACAUGUCGGGAGUGGGACCUAUCUCGCAGGAUUGGGAGCCGGUGGUAAUUCGCAAGAAGGCUCCCACCGCCGCUGCCAAGAAGGACGAGAAGGCCGUCAACGCCGCCCGCCGCGCCGGCGCCGAUAUCGAAACCGUCAAGAAGUAUAAUGCUGGGACAAACAAAGCUGCAUCUAGUAGCACGUCAUUGAACACCAAGAGGCUUGAUGAUGAUACAGAGAAUCUAGCUCAUGAACGUGUGCCGACUGAACUUAAGAAGGCUCUCAUGCAAGCAAGGAUGGACAAGAAACUCACUCAAGAACAGCUUGCUCAGAUUAUCAAUGAGAAGCCUCAAGUGAUCCAGGAGUACGAGUCAGGAAAAGCGAUUCCAAACCAGCAGAUAAUUGGCAAGUUGGAGAGGGCCCGUGCCAAACUGCGAGGCAAGAAAUAAGCAAAGCAAAUCCAAGUACAUUAACGUUUGUGUAUGUAAUUAGCUACUGUGUUUUCACUUUGCGAAGGGUGGUUGUUAAGGUGUGUUUUGCAUGCUGAUUUGUGUGUGUAUAUAUGCAAAGAGAUGACAUGUGUGGCGACCCCGAGAGGCUUUACCAUUUUCCAGAUUGAAUAUAUCAUAUUAAAUAAAGUCAUGCUCUCGUUAUAGUUGGAUAUAACAUAGGAUAUGGCUUUUGUUCACAAGAA